GUCAUUCAACAUUUAGUUUCAUUACCAUCUAUCAAAUCAUCGUCAAUGGACUACUCCAGCUCUGCGUGGACUCCAGGACAUCUCUCCAGUCCCGAGCGACGACAUUACAACCGAGCACUUAAAGAAAUGUACAAGAUUGUAAAGAUCAGUAGCAAGCGCUUGGACGCUGCCAACGAGUCUAUGAGGAUGUUAACUCCACAGAGGAAAUCCAGGCCUGGAAAUCAUGAUGUUACUGACAUGAAAUAUUCUCAAAGUCCAAGCCCUUCCCAAUUGCAACAUGACUACAUUUCCCGUAACAACCAGAGGCAGAAAAGCCGGCGACAAGAUGGUCUCAUAAAUGAGGACGCUGCAAACCAUGCUGAUAUUCAGGAUGUGUACGUUGAAUUAAAUACCAUAAGCAAACGCUUACAGAAAGAAAACGAAAUCCUCAAAGAACGAGAACAUGAAGUGGCGUUACGGGAACAGGAGGUUUAUGGACGAGAACGAAUGCUGGAAGAACAGGAGGAAAUGAGUAGAACAGUGCAUAAUGAAAGUCGGAGUAUACAAAAAGAAAUCGCAGGAAGGUGGAAGCAACUUCAGGAAGAUCAUAAAUGUCAGUUACAAGAGAUGGAUAGUCUGCUGAAAGAAAGGAAUAAAGAAAUAAAAAGAAUGAAAGCAUCGUUUGACACUCUAAAACAAGCCAAUGAUUCUCUCCGAAAACAGCUCACCAGUGCACAAGAAAUGAAUAGCAAGUUUGAGUCGCAGGCCAACAACUUACAACGACGCCUACAGAAUAUACUGAGGAAACAGGAAUAUGAUGAACGUGUAAAAGAUGUGGAGAAAUUAACUGUGAAAGAAAAAAUUGAAGCUGAAAAGAGUACAACAAAGGAAUUAAGGGAAGGAGGGAAGUUGCCACCAAGACAACAUAAGCCUGCAACAUUGGUUUUUGAUAUGUUAGGCCAGUUGUUGGAUUGGAUUUGUGAGGUACACUUAAGAUUCACAAACACAACACAACUCACUACAAACCAUCAAACAGUGACACUUACCAGAGAAAAGUGUUGUAAGAUUUUGCCUCAGUUGGUAGAAGUUAUCGGUCAACUCCCUCCAGUAUGUGUUAAGAUUCAUCUUCCGUGCUUACAGUUCCUGUAUUGGUCUUUGCUUCAGAUAGAGUCUCAGGAUGUAUCUCAGCGUGCGUCUAUGACUUCAACAUAUCGCAGACUUGGCGAAGAGCUCUUCAAGCCCAGUGCAGUGCGAAGCAUAGAUGGGGAGUCUGCUGGUGGAAGGAUAGCUGCACCAGAAAGACCAAAGACUGGCUGUUUCUUUAAGAGUCCUUCGAUUCACUCAAGAUUUUUAUCCUGCCUGAUAAUAUUAAGAACACUUACACAAGUUGAUCACCUUGCACAUGUUUUUGAUGUUUUGCGAAGCGACUUGAAAGACGAUAGAUGUAAAGAAUUGUUCAUGCAAUACCGAGCCACGCCAGUCUUCCUCUCAUUCCUGAAACCAUCCAAUAAAACAUUUAAUAACAUGGCUGUGGAUAUCUACUUACAAAUGGCCACAGAAUCAGUGGUAUUAGCACCAUUUCUUGAAAGCUGUAGCAAUGAGGCCUGGUUUCGAUGCUGCCUAUCAUUGCUAAAAUCUCCAUCACUAGACCAUAAACUGAUGGAGAAGUUGAGCAUUAUUCUGCAAAAGCUGUCAAAAAUCAGAUCGAACAAGAGAUUAUUUGAGGUGCUCGGCUUUUCAACCAUUAUUCAAGAGCUGGUCCACAGCUGUAACCAUGACGAUGCGUUUCUUGCACUCAAUUUUCGCUCGAUCCUCUUCAACCUGAAUGUAAACAAAGUCUCACCAUCGCAACUGAAAAGUCUUUUGAGUUGAAUCUGAACAAAGUAUUUAUGUUACAAAACUGAUUGAAAAUGUGCUGGGGUGUAGCUGGCUAAUGUUCAAUCCCGGGGUUGACUCGGGCCUGGCGUAGACUCUCACUCCCCCGGUGUGAACAAAUCAAAGUGUACACACAACAUUUUUAAAACAUUUAUUCAGAGAGUAAAAGGUUAACCUCUAACCUGGAAGUUACAGCAUCAAAUUAUAUUUGAUGCACACAGAAUAUUAGCUGCAUAUCUAGCCGUUGAAAGUGUAGUUGCGCACUUUUAUAACAGUCAAGAUACCAAAGAAAGACAUAUGCUGAUUGGUUGAUUAUUACUGACUGAAGGAUCACGUAAAGUGUUCCUUUCUCGGCUUGAAUAUAGUUUUACAACAACCAGCGUGAGCUCAAGUCUGAUUAGGUUCGUACGUAGAAGCGAUGACGCUGCGUGACAUGCAUCUAACGCAAGUCAAAUCUUUAUUUUUCAGUUUAUUUUAAACAUAUAGUUUAUUCCAUCUUAUAAAUGAUGGUGGUCACUCGCUGUAAUAUAGUUUAUUCCAUCUUAUAAAUGGUGGUCACUCGCUGUUGUGUAAAAAUAUGAAAGUGGAGAAAAACACAUUAUUACAUAUGAUAUAAUACUUUUAUUCUAUUAACUAUAUAAUAAUAAUAGUGUAGUUUUAUAUAGCGCACAAAUCCAUCUAAUGUAAGAUGCUCAGGGCGCUUGAAAUGUGGAUGAAAAACCUAUAUGUGGGGUUGUAAUUUAUUGAAUGUGAGGGGGAAACUUCUCACUCCUAUAGUUAUACAUUUAUCACAUAGGUAUUGGUUAAUGAUAGAAACAGUGCUUGAAUACAGCCCACAGUAUACAGUAUAUCACAAAUCAAGGCAGACAUCUCAUCAAACAGCGCCCUCAUUGGGAUUGUAAUAUGCCAAAAGAGCUGACUAAAUCACAGUCUUUCUAUACCAUUUACCAGUUUGUUUACAUAUCUGUUUAUAUG